AUGGGCGGCGGGCGCAAAUCCUCAAAGGGGUCGGCGGUGGCCCCGAUAUUCAGAUCCCGCGCACCAGAAGAGGGACGGCGGGCGGAGGAACAGAGGGAGUCUGACUCCGACUCCACAGCCAGCGACGUGAGCCACCGGAACACAACCCCCAUCACGAGGGAGGACCUCCGUGGCUUACUGCAAGACAUAAAGGAGAAUAUGGCGGCGGAAUUUGCUAAGCACCUGGCACCUCUGCGGGCGGGCCUGACAGACCUCGUGCAACGCACCAGCUCCCUAGAGGACAAGAUGGCUGCCACCUCCUCCAAAGCGAAUACCCAUGAGCAGGCACUACAAAACCUCACAGAGCAGGUGAAAAGGCUUGAAGAAGCCCAAGAAGACCUUAACAAUCGCUCCAGGCGGAAUAAUAUAAGAAUCAGGGGCUUACCUGAGACCAUAGAUAUGGAGUCCCUCUCCUCCACCAUCAGGGAGACCUUCUGCAGCCUACUCCCAGAAACACCCCCAGCUGAACUAUUGCUGGAUCGCGCCCAUAGAGCACUGCGGGCCCCCAUCCCCGGAAUGCCAACACUGCGGGAUGUGAUAGUACGGCUCCAUUACUACCAUAUUAAGGAAGCCAUCAUGAGAGCGGCACGAAAUACACCCCUACAAAUUGAGGGACACCAGGUAUUGUUUUUCCAGGACCUGGCCCCGAGCACUCUGCGAAAGCGACGAGAAUUGAGACCGCUCACUCAGGCACUUACACGGAGACGGAUCCGGUAUACAUGGGGGCACCCGUUUAAACUCACAGUGCGAAGAAACAAUCACACGCAUACUCUUCACGACAUCGCUGAAGCACGCAGUUUUGCAGAGCAGCUGGGCAUACCCCUUGAGGAUACCAAUAACGAUGGGGGGCUCAACUUGGCCUCCGCUUCUCCGACCCGAAGAGCCGAUUCGGACCACCAACGACGCCACCCACCCACGGGAGAUCCGAGCCCAGACGCUCGGGAAUAACCGACGCCAAUCAACGAAUCACCUGUGCAUGGCCAGCUCCACCGGAUUCCGGUGCACCGACAAGACCCUCAACACCUCAAGUACCCAUGGACACUGAAUCCCACACAACCAGGACUCUCAGGAUCCCGACAGCCCGCUGA